AUGAUUCGGGACAUCCUAUCGAUGGAGAAGGAAUCGCUUACAGACAGGAUAAUGAUCGGAGGUCGUGAUAAUCAAUCUACACCAGAGCAGCUGAAGAAUUGCUUAUCUUGCAUUACACAUGUGUGGCCUCAGACUAGUGGUUGGAUAGGGAUUGCCACGCCGCAUCGUAUUCCUGAUCCAAUAACCUUUGUGGUUGGUGAUGUCCCAAUGCAGCGGAGCUUCGCUAUCGGUGCCUGCAACUCAACGCUAAUCAUCCUUGAAUACUCUGCAAUUUUAGUGUCUUAUUCGAAACGAAUGGCUUGUUUCCUCCAGUCCUUGUGCCUGGCGACUACUCAAGUGCCGUGCCACUAA